AUGUUGGAGAACUACGGCAACCUGGUCUCACUGGGUCUUGCCAUAUCCAAGCCUAAUGUGAUUUCCUUCCUGGAACAAAGCAAAGAGCCCUGGAUAGGGGGCAGGGGGACAACAAGAGGCCAGUGUUCAGUGUUGGAGCCUGGAUAUAAUACCAAAAUAUCAUCUCUGAAGCAACAUGCUGAUGAUGUAGACUCGCCUGGGUGGGAGAUAAUGGAAAGCCUUACAGAUUAUAGUCUUGAGUGCUCAAGUUUCCAAACUGGUUGGGAAUCCAAAGACCAGUCUGACAGACAGCCAGGAAAUCCAGAGAAACCAUUAAGUCAAAUGUUCAUCAGUCAUGAAGAAAUGCCCACCUUAAACCAGCAAGUAUCUCUUACUUAUUAUCACAGAAUUCAUACUGGAGGGAAAGCCUAUGGAUAUUAUAAUAAAUGUAGACAGGCCUUCUGGCAAGAGGAAUUCCUGAUUAAUCGUCAAAGAAUUCAUACCAAUGAGAAACCCUAUAAAUGUAAGGAAUGUGGAAAGGCCUUUAAAUAUGGUUCCUGACUAAUUCAACAUGAAAAUAUUCAUUCUGGAAAGAGACCCUAUGAAUGUAAAGAAUGUGGAAAGGCCUUUAAUUCUGGUUCAAAUUUCAUACAACACCAGAGAGUUCAUACUGGUGAGAAACCUUAUGAAUGUAAGUAUUGUUCAAAGGCCUUUAGUCGAAGCUCACAGCUAAUUGAACAUCAGCGAACUCAUACUGGAGAGAAGCCCUAUCAAUGUAAGGAGUGUGGAAAGGCCUUCAGUCGGAUCUCCCAUCUUAAAGUACAUUAUAGAGUUCAUAUUGGCGAAAAACCCUAUGAAUGUAUGGAAUGUCAGAAGACCUUUAGUCAUUAAGCUCAGUUGAUUCAACAUCAGACUGUUCAUACUGGCAACAAACUCUAUGAAUGCAAGCAAUGUGGGAAUGCUUUCAACCAAGGAUCCACUCUGAUUUGACAUCAGAGAAUUCAUACUGGUGAGAAACCCUAUGAAUGUAAGGUGUGUAGAAAAACUUUUAGAGUAAACUCACAACUUAAGCAACAUCAGAGAAUUCACAGUGAAGAGAAAUCCUACCAAUGUAAGGUAUGCAGUAGGGUCUUCAAAUGGGUCUCACAUCUUACUGUACAUUGCAGAAUUCAUAUGGGCAAGAAACCAUAUGAAUGUAACGACUGUGGGAAGGCUUUUAGCCAUUGCUGUCAACUGAUUCAACAUCAGGCAAUUCAUACUGAGGCAAAGCCCUGUGAAUAUAAGGAAUGUGGGAGAACAUUAAGUCAUGAUUCAAUAACUGUUCAGCACCAGCGACUGAAUAAUAGAGAAACAUGUAAGAAUGUAAUUGUUGAAAAGCCUUCCAUCAGCACUUAG